CCCAAAACACUCUGGUGGACACGUUAUAAUCCGCACAUUCACUACGCUGUGGAACACCAACAAAUGUAGCGUUGUAGCGUUACGACAUUGAAGCAAAUACGGGGAACUACUUUUUCCGAGUACAGUUCUGAGCGGAGUGACACGCUGCGCAGCUCAGCCAGUGGCGUAGUGUUGUUGCUGUGCUUUCACCCACACGGCUGGACGGAGCAGAAAGUGUUGUACAAAAGGUUUACGAGCGAUGUCCAUCAUUUUACACAGCCAUGGUUUAUACAUGUAAUGUGAAAUGCUGCAAUAACAAGCCGAAGAAAUGGAGCAGCGUGAUGUUUCACCGUAUCCCAACAUAUGACAAGGACAGGAUGAGACGAUGGCUGAUUGUACUGGGAAUCGAUCCUAACACGCCGAUCAAAAUGGUUCGGAAAAUGGUAGUGUGCUCCGACCAUUUUUUACCUGAGGACUACGGCAAUAAACGCUUGACAGGCUCUGCCAUACCAUCUGUCGGCAUCACACAAAGAGCGGACGUGGUGUGCCCCGCCCUGGCAAAUUGAGCCCCACCCUGGAAAGCCACUUCUUGGAAAACAAACAUGGCGAAGAGGAGACACGCAAAUUGUGGUGUUCUUGACUGCACGCACCGUGGCGAAAGUUUAUUUUUGCUUCCCACUUCUGAGCCUGUUCGAAAAAAGUGGCUGGAUUAUAUCUUUGGUGGUCAUGUACCAAACAGAAUUCCGAAACGCUUUUAUGUGUGUGCACGGCAUUUCACGCACGAGUGUUUCUCAAACAUUGGCCAAUACAGCUCCGGCUCAGCACAAAGACUCCGAAUAAAGAAGGACGCAGUACCAACGCUUCGUGACCCAAAGACAAGCGUGGGAGAUAUUGAAACGGCAGACCAGCUUAAACAUAUCAAUCCCAUAGUGGACAGAGGAAAAGAGGAGAGUGAGCCAGAGGAGGCCCUGAGUGCACAGGAGGGGUGCUCGGUGAUCGGUUGUGACUCGUAUCGUCGGAGUGCGCAGCGGCUGAAGUUACCGGAGGACUCAGAAAGGAGAAAGGAGUGGAUCCAGUUUGUACUGAAAGUCAACCGACAGCAGCUUAAAGACUCCUGGACUGAUAUCACCAUCUGCAGUGAACACUUUACGAACGACUGUUUUGUAAAGACGAACCCGGAGUCUGGCGCAGUGCAGCUCAGUACUGAUGCCGUUCCGUCACUGUACAUCAAAUCUGAAGAACAGGAACCUGCGAACAGCCGUGGACAUGUGCUCAGUCCUGGUGUCAUCCUACCACAGAACAUUAAAUCUGAGGAAGAGGAACCGUGGAGCCCCGAACAUCUCAGUCCUGGUGCCAUCCUAUCACUGAACAUUAAAUCUGAGGAAGAGGAACCAUGGAGCCCCGAACAUGUGUUCAGUCCUGGUGCCAUCAUAUCAUUAAAGAUUAAAUCUGAGGAAGAGGAACCUACAGAGGAACCUACGAGGAGCCCCAAACAUGAGCUCAGUGAAACCUCAGAUGUUGAUGAGACUUUAUUUAAUGGCUCAGAACUACAUGAAAAUAGCAUUCCCUGCUCUGGAGCAUCAGAGGAUCUCUCACCAGAUGCUUCGUCCUCCGCUCUUGUUCAGACACAACAGAAAGAGCUGACAACAGACGUGAACCAGAAAAUUGCUGUAUUUCUGCAAACGAAGGGAAAGUUUGUGGUGAAUGAGAAGUGCCUCUUCCAGCUGCUUGGACGCAAUUGCCCCUCCUGUCAGAGCAAGUUACAGAUGGAGAAGGUCACCUAUGAAGCGUUCCUCAUCUUGAACCAACGGUGUCUGAAGUGCGACUACACCAACCAGUGGAAAAAUAUGGCCGGUGCCCAUAUCCCAGCAGCAGAGGAUGGAGACGCUGUAGAGGAGACAUCAGAGAGUCCACAGGCCGCGGCGCCAUCGUUCAACAGUGCAGUUGUUUCUGAGAUUGUCGUUUUCAGCGAUGAAGAGAGUGACGCCUCGGAAAAUGUGGAGGAAGCGGAAGAAGAAGAUGGAUCGAGUAUAGACGAGGAGUGGAAUCUAACGGGGGAGGUCUUGCUGGCCGAGGAGCUCGAGCUGGAGUCCGAGAACGAGGAAGCUGAGGAGGAAUCCACUGACGAGAACAAGUUGGGGGGCGGUGUCGUCCGUGAGCUCUGUGCAGAGUGUGGAAAGUUCUUCGACAAAAGAAAGCAUCAUGUCUGUGCGCACAAAGGGAGGCCCUUUGCCUGCAAUGUCUGUGGCAAGAGAUGCGUGUCGGAGCUGUCCUUGAAAAUCCACUCCCGGAUCCACCAAGAAAACUACGAGCAUCUCUGCAAGUACUGCUACCUCCCUUUCAAAACCAGAGUGGACAAACAGAAGCACGAGGACGCCCACAAAAUGAAAAACGAUCCCUACAGCUGCAGCGACUGCCCGCAGACAUUCACCUCAUAUAAACAACGACGCAGUCAUCUGUUGACUCACCGAGGCCUCAGAGAGCGUAAAUGUGGAGUUUGUGGGAUGGUUUUCACAAGUUGGGAGCAUCUGGGGAGGCACUCCUUCGUGCACACGGGGCUGAAACCACACAAGUGUUCAGUUUGCGACCGUAGCUUCAAGCAGUCAUCCCACCUGAAAUCCCACAUGCGCCUGCACACAGGGGAGCGGCCGUACGCCUGCUCGCACUGUGACAGGGCCUUCAAUCACAACGUCAGCUUGAAGAGUCACGUCCAGCAGUGCCACGCGUCCAACGGCGGUGCUCAAGACGAGACGGGCCCAGACGUCGAGUUUGACGGUGUUGAAGAGGAGCCGAAAAAGAAAGCAAAAAUGACCUGAAAAGGAGGAGUUCGGGUCGGCCCGUAGGAAGGCCGAAGAAAACCGCAGAAGAAAAGAACCUUUCAAACACGGCAAGGCCAAAGAGAAGGAGGCCGAAGAAAUCCACCUCCAGUGACGAGGAAAGUGAGGAUGAUGGUGAUUUAUCCUUUGAAUCAGCAGAAGAGGAUGAAGAGGAAGAGGUGAAGAAGCACAGAGGCCUUCCGAAAAGAGCUAAAUAUGACAGUGACUCUGAUUUCAACCCAUAACUCACAAGGAGAAAGAGGACCGAAGCAAAAGAAGUGCAGCAGCCAGAGCAGUGGUGAGGGCUCCGGAAAACCUCGAGGAAGAUGGAGGAAGACCGAGGAAGAGAGCCAUGACCUCAGGGAUUUGAACACAGAAGGACUAACUUACAGGAAUCAGUCAAACCACACACUGCUUUUCAGAAACGUUUUACUUUGUUCCUUGUUCUCAGGAGGGACAAUAAGACACUAAGUUCUUUUUUUUUUUUUUUUUUUAUUCUUUUUGUUGUCAAAUGCACGUUGACGAGAAUACUUGUCUUUUACAAAGCAAUCGUAGUUUUAUAUGUUUUGUAUUUUACAAAGAUAAAGUAAGACACUCAGUUCUGAGUGGGAAAACAGUAUUGUAAGCUCAGAAGAGUGAAUUGCCUUUUGAAAAGCGGGGAUGAAUAUUUGGAGAAUGCGUGGGGAGUGGUCUGAACCUCUACUGCAGAACCUCGGGUGGCAAAACCUCUUUUUGUCGAAAUAAAAAUUUUUGUAUUGUC